AUUAUAACAUCUUUGUAUUAGGCCUAUUGCAUAUGGCGUAUUCCAUUCGGGAGUAGGCAGUUGAUUUGGCAUAUUUAUAAACAUACAUGCAGCAGUUGAACUUGGAUUCUAUAAUAAGCACAUCAUAAAAAGUCUACGCGAAGACUAAAAACACUGCGGUAGCAUACAUUUUGUAGUUAAAUUUUUCGGGACUGUUGCUUCCGUUAGUUUUCGGUUCUGAUUUUAGCGUGUGCGCACAUGUUUCCGCUUAUCUUACCGUGAUUUUUUUAAUUCUCAAAGUCCAUACUUCUGCGACGAGUGAUCACCGAGAUUGAUGGGAAAAACAAAGAAAAAGACUGGAAACCAAGACAGGUUGAAAAAGGUGAAAGAAACAAGUACCUUCAAACCACAUAACAAAAAGAAACCCAAAUUGCAAAAGGGUGGAAAGAGCAUCAGCGGUUCUCCUCUUGAGAAUAUUUCUGCGAUUCAGGAAAAUUAUUCAUUGAAAAAGAGAAAGAAGUCUGCAAAACUUUUGUCUAAAAAGAAAAAAAAGGAAUCUAAAGCUUUGCAAGACAAUGAGACUAGAGGAAAGAGUGCUUUUAAUGUAUUGAAAGUUAGUGAACCAACAUGUAAGGCGAGUGAAUCUGUUAAAGAAUACACAGAAAGAGUCGACCACAACUCUUCUGGAAAGAAACUUAAGCCCAUAGUAAAUGGGAAACAGACUAAUGUGAAACAAAAUAAAUCUAGAAAGAAAUCUGCAGGAAAUAAUUCCACAGCUCAGACUGUUAAAUCUGACAAAACAUCAGAGACAGGUAACACAGCAGUGGACAGUGAAAGUCAGCAGAAAACAAAAUCAGUAGUAAAAAAAGUUAAGAACAAGGGGAAUACAGCAAAAUGUAAGACUCCUCAAACUGUGUCGAAUGAGUGCAGUGUAUCAAAGAGAAAGAGGAGGGAAACAGAUCAAGACAAGACUGAAGGAUCAGGGGAGAAGAAGUUUAAAGAGGCAGAAAUUGCUUCCCAAUCAGCUAAAUCAACUGAUUCAACCGUACAGCCUCACCCAGAAAACCAGUCAACUGUGCCAUCCCACUCUGAAAAUAAGUCAACUGUACCACUUCAAGAAGAAGUGAUUGAUUUGAUAAGUUCAGAAUCUGAAAUGUCUGACAGUGACUUCUCUUUAGUUGAUCUCACUUUGGAUGAUACUGAAAACGAGGCUGUGAACUUUGAACCUGAUCAAAGUCAGGACGGACAACCUGAGACAGAGGCUGCCGGGGUUGUGUGCCAACAGGAGGAUGCUACAGUGUCCCCCUCUCCCCAGACUGCAGGAUCCGUCGACGUCAGAGGCAAAAAGGACUCUAAAAUGACCAAAAAAUCUAAAGAACAAGAUCCACCGAGACUCCAUGCUUUGGCUUCGUUUGAUGGACAGGUGCUUCUAGUGUUACAGAAUCCAGGCAUUUAUUGUUUUCUGGGCAGAUGCUUUGUCAAAUGUGUUCACGGUCAGGCGAAGGUACUCGGGUACCGGUUAACAGAUCAGUUCCAGGCCUUCUACUCCCCAGCCUGUAACAGUUUACUGACCAUCACUACCAAAGGGAACCAGUUUACUGACCCUGAAACGGAGGCUGGAGUUGAAGAGGUAGCUGACACCUCUCAAAAGAAAAUUGAAUCUAGCGAAAAAGCAGUGGAGGAUUUGUCAGAACAGGAGACGGUGAGGAAGAUAUACUCCCAGUGUCUAUUGCUGAGUAGUGACAUGGAAAAAUUACCUAAAGAAAACAUCACCAUUUUGAUUGUUAGAAAAAUGGAUUCCAAUGUCUUUGAUUACAUUUCCACCUUCAAAGCUUUUACAAAACUCUGGGAUAACCCAGUUCCUCUCAAGUCAAGGACAGAAGAGAAAACUCCUGUUGACCUGAAACUUGACUCGGUCAGGAUGACCUAUAUCUCGCCCCAGACAGAUAUCUCAAAACAGAGUGUCUCAAAGCAACAGCUCGGGAUAGCUCAGAAGUGGGAUGAUAUUCUUAACUCAGAUAAGGAACCAAUUAUAAUGGUUGUGGGUGGAAAGAAUUCAGGAAAAUCCACAUUGAAUAGAUAUUUGAUUAACCACACCCUGAAUAAAAUUCCUGAGGUCUGUUUUCUGGAAUGUGAUAUAGGUCAGACAGAGUUCACUCCCCCUGGCUGCAUCAGUCUACAGGUUGUCAGCUCACCAGUUCUAGGUCCGCCAUUUACCCACCAGAAGGUACCCAAGGUGUGCCACUACUUUGGAGGACUUACUGCCACAGACAGCCCUAACCUGUACAUAGAGUGUAUCCGUAAAUGUCUGCAGGAGUACCGCAACAUGGAACAGAGGCACCACCGGAAGCUCCCCCUAGUGGUCAACACCAUGGGCUGGAUCGAGGAUCUGGGCCUGGAACUGUUGAUCAGCAUCAUAAGGAUGACCCUACCUAGUGUGUUAGUCCAGAUCAACUUCAGGAACAUCAAGAUGAACGCUGAGCCCCUCACCCCUGAGUUUGUGAACUACCAGCCAGGGUGGGUGGGGCACUCCAGGUUCUACAGAAGUCGUGACUGUUCCGGUCUACAGGGGAACUCAGAACAUUGUCUGCUCGCGCUCGACUCUCCGGCUAACACUACCAGGCGGCGAGAUCAGUGGAAGCCCUUUGAGCUGCGAGACCUGGCCGUGAUCAGCUACAUGAGUUCUGUUCUGAGUAAAGACUCGAGUCUGAGUCUGGAGACGCCGUACGGAGUUCCGUGGAGUAACAUCGCCAUCAACAUCUGUAGGAAGGGCGUGCCCAAGCAGGAGUGGAUGUCGGCCAUUAAUGCUACAAUAGUGGGUCUGGCUCAUGCUGAUCUGUCAGAGGCCAGGAAAGAUGGAGAGGAUGAGCCUUAUUUCUUUGACACCACCCCUGUCUGCCCCUGUAUAGGGUUUGGUAUGGUUCGAGCCAUUGACAUGGAGAGGAAGACCAUCUACAUCACCACGCCCCUGAGUCUGGUUGACCUAGUUCAUGUGAACACCCUCAUCCGUGGCUCCAGUAAUGUCCCCCAGCAGAUCUUUACUGAACAGAUCACCAGGGAAGUAAGGGAAAUUCCUUAUGUGAGCAGAAUUACCUCCACCUGGGCCUCAAAGAAUCCCAGACAGAGAAAGCAUAUCCCAGCAAAGUCAAGGAAGAGAGCAACAGAGGCUAAUACUUCCACAGAAUAGAAAGAGAGUGUGGAAAUAAGGAGAGAAAGUAUAAAGAGAUUACUAUGUAAUUAUUUGUAAAUACAUGUAAUGCUCUAUAGAUACUUUUUCAAAUUGAGAGAGAGAG